AUGAUUAGGGAAAUGCACAGAUCCGUGCAGUUUGCUUUAUUAUCAGCAAUGUUUAACAUGGGCGGCGCACGUGUGCUGGCGCUGACGGUCGCCACAUUAUCGAUACUGCUGCUGUCCCCCACGGCUCACAGCCAUUCCCACGGAGACCAUCACCACGGACACGGCCAUCAUCACCAUGGACACGAUCACCAUGGCCAUCAUCACCACGGACACUCUCACGACGAUGAAGAGCCUCAGGCGAAGAUGUUCCACGGAGCAAGCAAGUGGAGCGCGGAGGCGAAUGUGGCCACAGAGCAGGAGCACGGGCACCAUCAUGGACAUCACCAUGGAGAGGGUCACCACGGACACGCCCACGAUCACCAUGGACACGCUCACGAUCACCACGGACACGCAGAUGAGAACAUUGUCCGAGUGCACAAAGAAGAGGGCAGACACGGGGAGAAGCUGCAGGCUGAAGGACAUAAGAGGGACACAGUGGAGCUCUGGACUCAGGCAGUGGGCGCCACUCUGCUGAUCAGUGCAGCGCCUUUCCUGAUCUUGUUUCUGAUCCCGGUUCAGUCCAACAGCGACCAGCACCAGAACCUGCUCAAGGUCCUCCUCAGCUUUGCUUCCGGGGGGCUCCUGGGAGAUGCCUUCCUCCACCUCAUCCCUCACGCUCUGGAGCCACACUCGCAUCAUGGAGAAGAUCACGGACACUCGCAUGAAAGUGAAGACCACGGCCAUUCUCAUGGAGCUGCUCACGGUCACAUGAUGUCUGUUGGUUUGUGGGUUCUUGGUGGGAUCAUCGCUUUCCUGGUCGUGGAGAAGUUUGUUCGUCUGAUAAAGGGAGGACACGGUCAUGGACAUUCUCACAGCCACACACAUGCUGCUCCAAAAGAAAAAGACAGUGAUGGUGAGGAGGAAAAAAAGAAGGAUUCCGGUGACAAGAAGCAGGACGUGAAGCAGGAGGAGAAGAAAAGUACAGAUAUCAAAGUGUCUGGUUACCUGAACCUGGCCGCAGACUUCACACAUAACUUCACAGACGGCUUGGCCAUCGGGGCGUCGUUCCUGGUCAGUCCAGCAGUGGGUGCCGUCACCACAGUCACCAUCCUUCUUCAUGAAGUGCCGCACGAGAUUGGAGACUUUGCCAUUCUGGUCCAGUCAGGAUGCACCAAGAAAAAGGCCAUGUGUCUGCAGCUGCUGACGGCCCUGGGCGCUCUGGCUGGGACCGCCUGCUCUCUUCUGGCAGAGGGCGUGGGAGCCACCGCCACCGCCUGGAUCCUGCCGUUCACCGCAGGGGGCUUCGUCUACAUCGCCACGGUAACAGUGCUUCCGGAGCUGCUGGUGGGGCGGGCGAGUUUUGGCCAAUCGCUGAUGGAGAUUCUGGCUCUGCUGUUCGGAGUGGGCAUGAUGGUCCUGAUCGCAGAGUACGAAUGA